AAAUGUAAAAAUGUAAUACUCUUGAUUUAGGCUACAUUGUAGCAUGCUAAAUGUUUCUGAUCAGGUGAUAGAUGAGCAAAUGAAUAAAUGCGCUACCACUUACACUUGUCCAGCCAGAGAUCAAUUAACCAAACAUACAGACAGAGAUUAAACGAAACAAAAUCACAUUGAUUGAUUAACGGACAAGUCGCAGGCUUUUGGUUGGGAGUAGGACAGGCUGAAGAGCAAAAAUCCACUUGUAUAACAUGCUAGCAAAAUGUUCCGAUCAGCUAAUAAAGGAGCAAAUUAGACUAAAGAUGAUCAUUAGCACUCACCUCCAUUUAGAUAACAUGUCACCAGCCUAAUUGUUACCAGAUACCAAAAAGAGAUUCAGGUGAAAACAACAAUCUGACAUUGAUUGAUUUAUCUACAGUCCCCCUACGCUUGUCUCAAUGCAGCGCGAUGGCACUGUCCCAAUCAAAACGGUGCUGAAAUUAUAAUCUAGGUCAGGGGUUCCCAAACCUUUUCACUCGGCCCCCCUUCCAGCAUUCAGGAACGUCAUCAUAUUUCAAGAGUGUGUGAUGCUCUCUAGUGGAUGAGAGCCUAUAGCCCUACUAUACGUUGGAGGAUGUCUACAUCAGACUCUGAUUACUCCAUUGACUACCUGGCCAGUGACAGCGAGGAUAAUGACAACGACAGUGGCGUGGGACUGAGCCCCGACGGACACACAGCCGACAGUACCAGGACACCACCUUCAUCCUCCUUACCCCCACCCCCAUCAUCAUCGUCAUCAUCAAGGGACUCUCCCAGUAACACUGACUGUGAUUCCAACCACGAGGACCCCCAUAGGCUGAGCAGUGACUCGGGAGAUUUCGGGGACUCCGGCCUCAGUAGGGAUGGGGACAGUGAUAAUUCGAACGAUGCUGACCCUCGACCGAGCAGGGACAGAGAUUCUAGUGAUGCCUCCUCUAGUUGUGGUGGCACCCCUCCAGCCACCUACGAGGGGGACCGCUGGCCCGGUGAGACCCAGGGAUACAGGCCUACUGUGCAUGGCCAGCAGCAGCAGAGACAGAGACGGUCACGGAGCCCGACGUCCUCCUCGCAAGCCUGGGAUAGCAGCAGUAGACAGAGACGGUCACGGAGCCCGACGUCCUCCUCGCUAGCCUGGGAUAGCAGCAGCAGACAGAGACGGUCACGGAGCCCGACGUCCUCCUCGCUAGCCUGGGAUAGCAGCAGGAGACAGAGUGGCACUGGGCAGGGCAGGAAGAGGGCACACAGCCAUGGGUGGCAGCCUGCAGACCAGUAUGAAGACAGUAGGAACAGAGACACACCGAAACCUGGGGAGCCUGAGAAGGAUCAGCUGUUUGCCCAGAAGUGCAUGGAGCUCCAGCGCUACCUCCAUCCCCUGUCUUCCAUCCUGAGAGGCCUGCGCUCUGGGAGGUACUCAGAACGUCUUAGCAGUUUCCAGGAGAGCGUUGCUAUGGACCGGAUCCAGAGAAUAAUGGGAGUCCUCCAGAACCCAAACAUGAGUGAGCGUUACGUCAGUGUCAUCCUGAAGAUGGAAGAGAUGCUCCAUUGCUGGUUUCCUCAAGUCAGAGCCCGCCAAGACCCAGACCCUCACCCAGACCCAGACCAGCACAUUGAAAGCCAGGAAGACCACAGCACUCCAGCUAAGAGACACAAGCAGUACCGUGCCCCAGCCCACCCACCACCUCCAGCCUCUCCUCCAGUCGUCUCCCCCCCAGAGGGUGACCACCACCCAGCCCCGCGAGCCUCGGACGGCCCCCUGCCUGGCUCCUUCCUCUACUCCUCUGCCACUUAUCUCAAAUGUCUCCACACUGUCCCCAUCUGCUCCUCCAAGACAGAGACAGCCCUGCAAGAGCCACCAGGCCUGGGCAGGCCCUCCACCGCCUGCCCCCUGGGAUCCAACCACCCAGCCGACUUCCAGGAACAGACCCAAGACGACGCGGUCUCCUCCAGCACCGACACCCAGGGGAGCACCAUGGACCCCAACCUCCAGACCCACCCCCGCCAAGCCAGACCCCGAGCCCACCGACGAGGGCCUCCGUCGGGGAAGAUCAGCUCGCCCUGCCUGGAGAGACUGCUCCAGUCCAAGGAGAGCAUCAUCCUACCCAGAAACACAGGAGGUGAUAGUCAUGGUGGUGGUGGGGAGAGCAGCUGGUCGUAAAA